AUUUGCCGUGCACUGAUUGGCGCUCUGCACAGCCAACAUGGAGUGCGACAUCGGUGACCUCGGUGAGGAAAGGCCCAAGCUCCCUCACCGAGAACCACACCUCGGAUUACAUCACCCAUUUCGCAAUCCCAUGACAUUUUCGCAUUUCUCAUCAACUGCUUGCCCCCCGUUGACCACACCUUUCAACACACCUACUCCACAGCAAAGAUGCUCUCAAGGACGUUCCUCCGCUCAAAUUUCGCAAGGCAAGCCGUCCGGCCGGCGGCGCGCCCAAUCGCCUUCCGGGCCCCGCUUCCCUUCCUCACACAGCACCGCCUCAUCUCCGACGAGACCAAGCAGGCCAUUGAGAACGCCGUCGGCUCCGCGCCCGUCGUGCUCUUCAUGAAGGGAACCCCCGAGACGCCCCAGUGCGGCUUCUCCCGCGCCUCGAUCCAGAUCCUCGGCCUCCAGGGCGUCGACCCCUCCAAGUUCGCCGCCUUUAACGUCCUGGCCGAUCCCGAGCUGCGUCAAGGUAUCAAGGAGUUCUCCGACUGGCCUACGAUCCCCCAACUCUACGUCGACAAGGAGUUUGUCGGCGGCUGCGACAUUCUUGUUUCCAUGCACCAGAACGGCGAGCUGGCUAAGCUUCUCGAGGAGAAGAAGGUCCUUGCCGAGGGCGAGGGCGAGGGCGAGAAGAAGGAGUAAGAGGAGGGAAAGAAGGCUAGAUGCCCAGCGCUGGGAAGCGUUUGGAAAACUGUACAACUGUAUCAUACCAAAGGGAAGGCAAGCCAUGCGUGGGCCACGGCCGGAGGAAAUAGAGUGGUAUUUAUUGGCAAACUCCUAAACAAUGCUUUUAUUUUAUUUAAUUUUGUACCCCUUUUUGCGCAGUUGAGAAUUUCGUUGAACAGAUGGUGAGGUAGAUGGGUGCUGCGAUGCUAUCCCCUAUUCCCCCUAUGCAAUCAAAUGAAGCCAUCGCGAAAGAGACCAGAAAGUUGGCAUUUCAACGCAGCGGAAUCCGAUCAAAAUUCAAAAGGCAACCCGAUUAUGAUCGAACGGAUCCAUUCUUGUUGACAUGCUGCACGGAGGCAAAUAAUCCACGGGGUGAGGGAGAACCAGAGGAGCAAAAAAUGAUUCUUCCAUAUGGGAUCGAAUAAAAAACCAAACGCCAGAAUAUGGUGAUCAAAGG